GAACCCAAAUCAUGAUGAGCAGUUCUGCCACCUGAUGUCCCAUGGUCAGGGGCUUUGUCUCUAUCCAAGCUAUGGAAGAAUGGCAGGAAUUAUGUUAUGAAAAGCAUAAAGUUCUGUACUGCAGAUGGUAGUCUUGUUCUAGAACCCAAGGGGCUUGGGUUUUUAUUCUCCCACUGGUUCACCAUCUUGAAAACUCUGACAUCACAGGAUCUCCUAGAUCAUAUGAACCAAGCACAGAGCCACUUCUACCACAGCCUGCACCGGCUGCAGAUGACUUUUCUGCUCUGGGCCAGAUUAAAACUGGCAGCCUUGAAGGGAAGCAGAAAUCCAAAAUGUCUUUAAGAUGGGUUUAAAGUUGUGUUGUUCAAUACAGUAGCCACUACCCCCAUGUGUCUACUGAGCACUUGAAAUGUGGCUUGUGACAAAUGUUGACACCAUAAUACAAUUGUGUUCGCAGCCGCCACCGCGCCGCCGUCGCUCUCCAACGCCAGCACCGCCUCUCACUCGCCGAUUUCCAGCCGAAGGAGAAGGGGGGUAAGUAAGGAUGUCUCCGUACUAUGGCUCGUACAAAGCUGACUGCCCGCAAAUCGACCGGUGGUAAAGCACCCAGGAAGCAACUGGCUACAAAAGCCGCUCGUAAGAGUGCGCCGUCUACUGGAGGGGUGACGAAACCUCAUCGUUACAGGCCUGGUACUGUGGCGCUCCGUGAAAUUAGACGUUAUCAGAAGUCCACUGAACUUCUGAUUCGCAAACUUCCUUUCCAGCGUCUGAUGCGAGAAAUUGCUCAGGAUUUUAAAGUAGAUCUGCGCUUCCAGAGCGCAGCUAUCGGUGCUUUGCAGGAGGCAAGUGAGGCCUAUCUGGUUGGCCUUUUUGAAGACACCAACCGGUGUGCUAUCCAUGCCAAAUGUGUAACAAUUAUGCCAAAAGACAUCCAGCUAGCACGCUGUAUACGUGGAGAACGUGCUUAAGAAUCCACUAUGAUGGAAAACAUUUCAUUCUCAAAAAAAAAAAAAAAAAAA